GGAGUGGGUGCACUAUACACGAGUUUGUGGUUUGAUAAUUCUAGAAGGUUCUAUUAACUAUUAAUACCCCAAUAUUUGCCUAGGGUUUAUCUUUAUUUUCAGUGUUCCUCCCAUUUUCGAAGUUUCGUGGCACAUUUUUGAUAAGCUCCAAUGGCAACCUCUCAUCUCACUGCAUCAUUGAGGAACUUGCCUGCAUUUGAAAGGUUCCAACCUUCAACGCAUCGAUUCCCUUUUGCUGGGCACGUGAGAAUUGCCACUCCCACACGAACUUCGUUCCCUUCUUUCGUUGUCAAAGCCGCCACUGUUGUCGCCCCCAAGCACACCUCUGUUAAGCCUCUGGGUGACAGGGUACUGGUGAAAAUCAAGGAUGCAGAGGAGAAGACUGAAGGUGGGAUUUUACUGCCAACGACUGCUCAAAGCAAGCCUCAAGCGGGUGAAGUGGUUUCUGUUGGAGAUGGCAAGUCAAUUGGGAAUAGCAAAGUGGACAUUGAUGUGAAGACAGGUGCACAAGUUGUGUAUUCAAAGUAUGCAGGGACUGAGGUGGAGUUCAAUGGUUCAAAACAUCUUAUUCUGAAGGACGAUGACAUCAUUGGUAUUCUUGAAACUGAUGAGGUCAAGGAUCUUAAACCCCUGAACGAUAGACUCUUGAUAAAGGUUGCAGAAGCCGAUGAAAAAACUGCUGGAGGUUUGUUGCUCACAGAGGCAACCAAGGAGAAACCAUCUAUUGGAACAGUUAUAGCAGUUGGUCCGGGGCCUCUGGAUGAGGAAGGUAACAGAAAAUCAUUGUCCAUCACACCUGGGAAUACAGUUUUGUACUCCAAAUAUGCUGGGAACGACUUCAAGGGAAAAGAUGGUUCUAACUAUAUUGCUUUGAGGGCCACAGAUGUUAUCGCCAUCUUGUCCUAGUAACCAAUUGUGAAACCUAAUUUUUUGUGUUAAUUUAGGUUAUGUUAUGACUACGCCUGAAAUAUAGUUGAUUGCAACUCUUCCAUUUGACAAUUUGCAUUAAAAUUACAACGUUUGAAAUAUAUUAUUUUCCACUGA